AUGGGUCCUUUCCCAUCCUCAUACGGAAACAAGUAUAUACUAGUCGCUGUGGACUACGUAUCCAAAUGGGUUGAAGCAAUAGCUUCCCCAACCAACGACGCAUCUGUAGUUAUUAAGCUUUUCAAGAGCAUAAUCUUUCCGCGGUUUGGAGUUCCUACAAUAGUCAUUAGUGACUGUGGAACCCAUUUCAUCAUUAAGGUAUUUGAUGGAUUGCUUAAAAAGAACGGUGUUCAGCAUAGAGUAGCUACGCCCUACCACCCACAAACCAGUGGACAGGUAGAAGUCUCUAAUCGGCAAAUCAAAGAAAUUCUAGAGAAAACUGUAGGAAUUGCCAGAAAAGAUUGGUCUAGGAAACUAGAUAAUGCACUUUGGACCUACAGGACCGCCUAUAAGACACCGUUGGGAACAACACCAUUCCACCUCCUUUAUGGCAAAUCCUCUCAUUUACCAGUCGAAUUGGAGCAUAAAGCAGCUUGGGCCACUAAACUUCUGAAUUUUGAUAUAAAGCCUGCUGCUGAAAGGAGACUCAUCCAGCUUAACGAGCUUGAUGAAAUCAGACAUUUAGCCUAUGAAAAUUUGAAACUAUAUAAAGAAAGGACUAAAGCGUACCACGAUAAGAAGAUCUUAUCCCGACAUUUUGAACCGGAUGAUCAAGUCCUUCUUUAUAAUUCUCGGCUAAGGCUAUUUCCUGGAAAGCUUAAAUCUCGUUGGUCUAGACCAUUCACAGUAACAGACGUAAAACCCUCCGGAGCCAUAACUCUACAAAGUGAUAAAGGGGAUGAAUUCACAGUGAACGGCCAACGAGUAAAACAUUAUUGGGCCAAACCCCCAGCAAAUCGUCCCAUUAUUCUAAAACCCCCUGAUAACUAG